UUAGUAUUACAGUAAAGUGUACAGGCAGUUUGUACCAAAAAGCAGAAUUAUUAAAAAACAUGAACGUGUGUAGAAAAACUAUAUUAGUAGCUGGAGGUGCAGGUUACAUUGGAUCACAUACGGUUGUGGAAUUGCUGAACGCAGGAUACAGAGUUGUAGUGAUUGAUAAUUUGUCCAACGCGCAACAAAAUCCAGAAGACGACGAUGAUUUACCACCUUCGUUGGUAAGAGCGAAGAAAAUUACAGGAAAAGAAUGUUUGCAUUUUGUUAAAGAGAAUAUUUGUGACAUUGAGAAACUGAACGUGGUGUUUGACACUUACAACAUCGAUGCAGUGUUUGACUUCAGCGGUAGAAAGGCGGUUGGUGAAAGUACAGUCCUGCCAAUGCUUUACUAUAAGUACAAUAUAAACGGUACCAUGAAUUUACUGAAAUGCAUGAGACAACAUGAAGUUCGGGAUUUUCUAUUCAGUAGCUCAUGUACAGUCUAUGGUGCGCCAGACCAGGAAAGUUUGCCAAUAAAAGAAGAAGACUCGUCUGGUUGCUGUCAUUGCCCUUACGCGAAGUGCAAAUAUUUUAUUGAAUGUCUUCUGGAUGAUCUAGCAAAAGGCGAGCCAGAUUACUGGAGAAUUAUGGUGAUGAGAUAUUUCAACCCGGUUGGGGCGCACGAAAGUGGGUUGAUGGGCGAGGACCCAAAAGGGGACCCACUUAACCUUUUGCCAAAGCUAGCUCAGGUGGCUACGGGUAAACGGGCAAUACUUGAUGUAUACGGUGAAGAUUAUGACACUAAAGAUGGCUCUCCUAUCCGAGACUACGUGCAUGUUAUGGACGUCGCUGAAGCACACGUCAAAGCUGUAAAACACUUCCAGAGUACAUCAGGAAUUGAGAUAUACAACAUCGGUUCGGGACGAGGAAAAUCGACUUGGGAAAUGGUAAAGGCGUUCGAAGCUGCUUGUGGAAAACCUAUCCAGUUUAGAGUUUGUCAGAGACGACCAGGAGAUGUUCCAGCUAUUUACUGCGAUCCUUCGAAAGCAGAGAGACAGCUGGGUUGGAAGGCGGAACGUUCGCUGCAAGAAAUGUGCGAAGACUUAUGGAGGUUUUACGUUUUGAAUCCGAACGGAUACGAAGAAUCAAACUAGGAAAUAAAAUUUAUGAGACAAAACCGCUUUGAUAUUCAUACAACAUAUAUAUGUAGCAUGCUGGAUAUAUGAAUAUAGCUGCUGCUGGGCUGAACUAUUUAUUCCAUAAAAGUCUUUUUAAAACUACUUUUCCUUCACCAGUCAUUUUAAACGCUUUUAUAUAUCCUAUUUGAAAAACAUUACACCUUUUAGCGCUAUUGUAAAUAAUGACAAUGUUUGUUGCUAAAAAUCUAUUAAAAAGUAUUUUUUGAGAAUUAAAUCCCGUUGUUAACAUUUAAACUUCGUAGUCUAAUGUUGAAUUCAUAUAAAGCUUUGUAAAAAAUAAAUAUCGAAAAUGCAAAAAUAUUAAA